AAUUCAGCAGUAGCAGUGGCCUUGGUUAGUCAUUCAGCUGGUCUUCUCUCUCAAACAGUUGUGGGUGGAGUAUAAAUGAAAGCAAGCUCUAUCCCUGUUCUCUCUCUUUCUGAAAUUGGGUUUCUGUUGUUUCUGAGAGUGGAGGUGGGAGUGAGAGGAGAAGCCUACAUAGGAGAAAACUCUGUUUUUUUUUUAGUUCGCAGUGCUUUCAAUGAGGAGAAAAAGGUUUCAAGCAAGUGCAGAAAGAUAGAAGGAUAAAGGAAUCAGAGGGAGGGUAUCUUUUCUUUUCUCUAAUUACUACUUUUAGGUGUGCUGUUGAGUUUUUCACAGAGAGAGAGAGAGAGAGAGAUGGUUGGCUCUGGUCCUGCGAUCUCUGAAACCAAUGCGUAGCUGCUUUUUAAUGGAUAUCUGAGUCUGGAUGAGAGAUUCUAUAGCUGCCCCGUCUUUUCAAUCCCUGUUUACAGCUAGAUGAGGUCUUGGAGUGAGGCCAAGCUUUCUUUCAGAGAAGAAAGAAAGAUGGAUUUGGGUGAGAAGGGGAAGUUUGGGUUAGAGAAGAGGACUGUAGAUUCUCUGAACUGCAACACUACAGGCUUAACCACUACUGAGUGGAAUCAGAUUGGUUCAUUACCUUGCCCAUCUGCUUCCAUGGUGGAUUCUUUCGGUCAUGUGAUCUGGAAUCAACUGCCCUCCAAUACACACAACUUAAGCUUCUCCAAUGCGCAGGCAACUGCAAGCUCUUCCACUAUUGGGAAACCAGUUCCCAUGAACUGGAAUCCCUCAGAUUCAUUAACGAAGGGAGGAAUGUUUUUUAGCACAGGGAUGGGAAUGCUUCCCCUUAGCCUCUCGCAGUUCCCUUGUGAUGCUGGAUUUACUGAGAGGGCUGCAAGAUUCUCUUGCUUCAGUGAUGUGGCUUAUCCUUUCAUUGUCCCCGGCAGUUCGGAUGCCACUGCUGAGGCUCAAAUGCAAAAGAAUGAAGCAGACAGGAUUGAAGCACUCAAGGGUAGAUCUGGUCUGAUUGAUCAGAGCUCUAAUAGUGGGAGUCCAAUGAAGGAGCAAAGGGAGAAGGGACCAAAUGAGUUCUCAGAACCAGAGUUUAGUGACGAUGCUCGAGAUGAGUCACCUAAUUCGUCUAAAGGGGUAUUUGGCAUAAAUAAAAGGAAAAGGAGUAAUCAGGAUAUGGAGUCAGAUCAAGGACAAGCUGCAGCUCAAUUGCCUUUUGAGGCUGCUAAGGAUGUUACUGAUAAUAAGCAGAAGGAAGAAAAGAACAGCUCAACAAUGGCAAAUGUUAAGCCUUUAGGAAAAAAUCCAAAAGAGAGUGGAGAAGCUCCCAAGGAAGAUUAUAUCCAUGUGAGAGCUCGUCGCGGCCAAGCUACCAAUAGUCAUAGUCUUGCAGAAAGAGUAAGAAGGGAGAAGAUUAGUGAGAGGAUGAAGUUUCUUCAGGACCUUGUUCCGGGCUGCAGCAAAGUUACAGGUAAAGCUGUUAUGCUAGAUGAGAUUAUCAACUACGUCCAAUCACUCCAACGUCAAGUAGAGUUUUUAUCAAUGAAGCUUGCUGCUGUUAACCCAAGUAUAGACUUUAAUAUUGAAGGCCUUCUUUCUAAAGAUUUAUUUCAGACCAGGACUGGUUCUUCAUCAGUCAUUGGAUUCACACCAGAAAUGAUCCAUCAACAGUUACAUCCACCUCAUCAAGGUUUGAUUCAAGUUGGGAUGGCUGGAGUUAUGAACCCUUCAGAUGCAUUUAGAAGAGCACUAAAUGUUCAAUUGGCUUCAACCAGUGGCUUCAAAGAUUCUACACAGCAGAUGACUAAUGCUUGGGAUGAAGAUCUCCACAAUGUUGUUCAAAUGACUUAUGGUAACAAUCCUCCUCUAAAAACCCAAGAUUUGAAUGGCGCACCUCGUGAUGGUUUUCCCUUGUGAAACAAAAUGAAGAACUUUCACCGUCUUCUCAGAUUCGAAACUACCAUGACAUGCAAGAAAUCAUAUAUACUGUAGCUAUUGCCUCCUAUGAAUGUCUACUCACUCUUAUCUUAAGCAGUAGAAGCAAGAAAAAAUUGCACAGUUCUUGAGUGAUUUGGAAGAUCAACUUUUCCACUCUAUAAUCUAUCUUCUCAGUUCAUUGGGAGAAUUCACACAUUCCUGGUAUGAUCUAUGAAAUCAAAAGCAAUUGCUAUAUAUAUGUUUGCUUCUAGUACAUGGAAGAUAAGUGUCAGCUUGGCCUUCAAGGGGAUUGAAUGACAUUAUGGAACAACUCAGUGGUUUAUUCAUAGAUCUUACUUCAUUAAGAGGAGUCUGAUUAUGUUUAAGAUGAUAAAACUGGGUUAGUGGAAAUGUUACAGCUGGAUAAUUAUCAAUGGAAGCUUUCAAUUUUUCUAGUUUGUUCUAAUUUUCCUCUUUAAAAUGGGAGGAAAUGAAUGUUGUAUGUUUCUUGCAAUAGUAUUACAAAGAAAUAAUGUCAUUCUUUCCUUUAUUUGUUUAUCUCACCAA